CAUCUUGCAGAGAGGUGGAGCAGCUGCUGCUUGCCCCAAGCCAGGGCUGGAGCUGAAGGUGUCUUGAUGAGACCGCGUUCGUUUUCCAUUGCCAGCCCUACGCAAAAGUCCUGCCGAGUUUGCCCAGCCUGAACUGUAGGCCCAUGAACUGACUCAUCGCACGCACCCGACUCUUGGCAGCGAUUCUUCCUGGUGCUCACACCCGCAGAACGGAGCUCCAAGUCACCCAGCCUUCCCCUCCUCACUCCCCCAACCCUGCCCGCCGCAAUGCCGAACGUGCAGCUGCCUCCGAAGGAGAGCAACCUCUUCAAACGCAUCUUGAAAUGUUAUGAACAGAAGCAAUACAAAAAUGGCCUCAAGUUUUGCAAGAUGAUUCUUUCGAAUCCAAAAUUUGCUGAACAUGGAGAGACUUUGGCUAUGAAAGGCUUAACAUUGAACUGUUUAGGAAAAAAAGAAGAAGCUUAUGAAUUUGUUCGUAAAGGACUUCGUAACGAUGUCAAGAGUCAUGUCUGUUGGCAUGUAUAUGGACUCUUGCAGCGUUCUGAUAAGAAAUAUGAUGAAGCUAUUAAGUGUUACCGAAAUGCCCUCAAAUUAGAUAAAGAUAAUCUGCAAAUUUUGAGGGACCUCUCUCUGUUGCAGAUCCAAAUGAGAGAUCUUGAAGGUUACCGAGAGACACGGUAUCAGCUUCUUCAGUUGCGCCCAACACAACGUGCUUCCUGGAUUGGAUAUGCUAUUGCAUACCAUUUACUGAAAGAUUAUGAUAUGGCACUAAAGCUACUGGAAGAAUUUAGACAGACUCAGCAAGUUCCUCUCAACAAAAUAGACUAUGAAUAUAGUGAACUGAUAUUAUACCAGAAUCAAGUGAUGCGAGAAGCAGAUCUGUUUCAGGAAUCUUUGGAACAUAUAGAAACGUAUGAGAAACAAAUAUGUGAUAAACUUUUGGUGGAAGAAAUUAAAGGGGAAAUGCUGUUAAAAUUGGGAAGAUUAAAAGAAGCCAGUGAAGUAUUCAAAAACUUGAUUGAUCGGAAUGCAGAAAAUUGGUGUUAUUAUGAAGGCUUGGAAAAAGCUCUACAACUUAGCACUUUAGAAGAGAGGCUUCAGAUUUAUGAAGAAAUUAGUAAGCAGCACCCCAGAGCAAUUUCACCCAGAAGAUUACCUUUGAAUCUUGUCCCAGGUGAAAAAUUUAGAGAACUAAUGGAUAAGUUCCUGAGGGUUAACUUCAGUAAAGGCUGCCCACCCUUGUUUACUACUUUGAAAUCUUUAUAUUACAAUACAGAAAAGAUUUCUAUAAUCCAGGAGCUUGUUACUAAUUAUGAAGCUUCUCUUAAAACGUGUGACUUUUUUAGUCCUUAUGAGAAUGGGGAGAAGGAACCCCCAACAACACUGCUCUGGGUUCAGUAUUUCCUGGCACAGCACUUUGAUAAACUUGGACAAUAUUCUUUGGCUUUGGAUUAUAUUAAUGCUGCAAUUGCUAGUACUCCAACUCUAAUAGAAUUAUUCUAUAUGAAAGCAAAAAUUUACAAGCAUACAGGUAAUCUCAAAGAAGCUGCAAAGUGGAUGGAUGAAGCACAGUCUUUAGACACGGCUGAUAGGUUCAUCAAUUCCAAAUGUGCAAAAUACAUGCUUCGAGCAAAUAUGAUAAAAGAAGCAGAGGAAAUGUGCUCCAAGUUCACAAGGGAAGGAACAUCUGCCAUGGAAAAUCUAAACGAAAUGCAGUGCAUGUGGUUUCAGACAGAGUGCAUUUCAGCCUAUCAGCGUUUGGGGAGAUACGGGGAUGCCUUAAAAAAGUGCCAUGAAGUAGAAAGGCAUUUUUUGGAGAUAACCGAUGAUCAAUUUGACUUCCAUACGUACUGCAUGAGAAAGAUGACCCUUCGUGCCUAUGUUGACCUUCUGAGAUUAGAAGAUACACUGAGAAGACAUGCCUUCUAUUUCAAGGCUGCUAGAUCAGCGAUUGAAAUAUACUUGAAAUUGUACGAUAAUCCCUUAACCAGUGAAAGCAAGCAACAAGAAAUAAAUUCAGAAAACCUGUCAGCCAAAGAAUUGAAGAAAAUACUUAGCAAGCAGAGAAGAGCUCAGAAAAAGGCUAAAAUAGAGGAAGAGAGAAAGCAUACGGAAAGGGAACGUCAACAAAAGAAUCAAAAGAAAAAAAGAGAUGAUGAUGAAGAAGAAACCUGUGGUCUCAAAGAAGAACUUAUACCUGAAAAAUUAGAAAGGGUAGACAAUCCCCUGGAAGAAGCUAUCAAGUUCCUUAUACCUCUUAAGAACCUUGUUGCUGAUAACAUUGACACACAUCUAUUAGCAUUUGAAAUAUAUUUUAGAAAAGGAAAGUUUCUGUUAAUGCUACAAUCUGUCAAACGAGCUUUUGCCAUCAAUAGUAAUAACCCAUGGUUACAUGAAUGUUUAAUUAAAUUUUCUAAAUCCGUGUCCAAUCAUAGUAAUCUUCCAGACAUUGUGAGCAAAGUUCUUUCUCAAGAAAUGCAGAAAAUAUUUUUGAAUAAGGAUUUGGAAAGUUUUAAUGAGGAUUUUCUCAAACAUAAUGCUACCUCUCUUCAGCAUCUACUUUCAGGUGCUAAAAUGAUGUAUUUUCUGGACAAGUCAAGGCAAGAGAAAGCAAUUGCCAUUGCCACUAGACUGGAUGAAACUAUAAAAGAUAAAAAUGUAAAGACUUUAAUAAAGGUUUCUGAGGCACUGCUUGAUGGCAGCUUUGGGAGCUGUAAUUCCCAGUAUGAAGAAUACAGGACGGCCUGUCACAACCUGCUUCCUUUCACGUGUGCUUUCCUGCCUGCUGUGAAUGAAGUCAGUAGUCUUAGUGUGGCCUUAAACAAUGCAGCUAACUAUGAUGUCUUGGCCAAUGAAAUUUGAAAUCCCGUAGAAAAUUGGCUUCUAUAGAUUCAGAGCUGACUUC